AGUGCAGCAGCAGCUCAGCUCACCACCCUCUUCUUCCUCCUCACCACCAACGAGCCAAAGAACCAAGAAGCGAGGAGGAGCUAGUCAAGAUUCAAGAACGGGAGGAUCGAAUUGAUGAUGUCUUCUGCUGUGAUUCCGCCGCCGCCGUCGCCGGAGAGGAGGGUGCCGGUGGUGGCAGACGAUGGGGGUGGUGGAGGACACGGGGUGAAGGGGGAGGAGCGCGGGGGAGGGAGCGGGAGCGUGGCGGGAAUAUCGCCGAGCAUCCUCAUCAUCGCCGUCAUCGUGGUGGUGAUGCUGCUCGCGUCGGUCUCCAUCCACUACUUCAUCCGCCACCUGUGCCGCCACGCGCGGGGCGGCUCGUCCGCCGCCGCGGCGGCCUCCUCGGCGGCCCCGGUGCUCCCCGUCGUGGUCCGUGCCGGCGCCGCGGGGGAGCAGGGGAAGGCGUCGGCCGAGCACGCGGCGGAGAUGGAGCGGCUCAUCGCGCGGCUGCCGCUCUUCACCCUGGCCUCCUCACUGGCCGCGCUCCCGAAGUCGUCGAGGGACUGCGCCGUGUGCCAGAGCGCGUUCCGCGACGACGACGAGCUCCGCCUCCUACCGGCGUGCCGCCACGCCUUCCACUCCCGCUGCGUCGACCCGUGGCUCCGUGCCAACCCGUCCUGCCCGCUCUGCCGCGCCUCCAUCGCGCUCCCGCACCCGCCGCUCCCGGAGCUCCUCCGCGUCGAGCUCGGCAGCAUCAGCAGCCGCCGCUCCAACACCAACUCCGCCGCCGCCGUCGCCGCCGCGCCGCCCGAGGGAGCCGCCGUGCGCGCAUACCCUCUCCCCACCCUCCCCAACUCGGAGUACCUCGUCGAGGAGGAGCUCGAGGUCGUCAUCAAGCAGCCGAGCGCCGCCGCCGCCAUAGCCGCUCCACGAACCGGCGAGCCGAGCCAACAUCCGCUGCCUCAGGUGGAGCGUGGGCAGCCGUCGUCGGUGACACCAACGGCGUCGUUCAGCUCGGCGCGGUCGCAAGAGCGGUGGAGCAACAGGUGGAGCAGCCGGUGGAGCAGCCGAUGGAGCAGCGGGCGGUGGAGCAGCCGGUACGACGCCGGCACGGUGACGGCGGCGGCCACUGCUGAGUGGUGGUGGGACAUGGACGGCGGCGCGGCGCCGCCCGCGCGGCGGCGCGAGGUGGAGGAGCAGGGCAACGCGUUCCACGGGUUCAUGCGCUGGCUCACAGGGGCAUACUAGCAAUUAACCGGCAAUGAAAGUUUGAUCGCCGCUUCCGCCGGCGCGCGCCGGCGAUCGCCGGAGAAUUCAGUCUGAAUUUGUAACGAGACGAAAUGAAUCAGCUGGGCUUUUUUUUGGUGAAAUUUUGUGUAUUUUUUUUUGCGUGCGUGGAUUUCAAGGCGUGGGGGUGUGGGGGAGGUUUUGAUGGCGUACGGAUUUCAAAACUGCUUCCGAAUUGGAGAAUGUCGGCGGGAAGAAUGAGGAAUUCGGGGACUUUGAGGCAAACCUGCUCCUGCUGCCGCCACCACAAUCAAUGAACUGCCCAAUCAAAAAAAAAAAGGAACUGAAUUUUCAGCUCGUCCUGCAUUUCUUUUGUUCUUUGGCUACUGCAACUUUGCAAGGAUGUGCAUUUGACACAUUGUUCGGCUAGCAUGUGUUUUAAAGUUGAAAAUGGAUUCAAAACAGUAUUUAAAGAGAUUCAUAUGCAAAAAGCACACUGUUACUGAGCUUAGUAGUACAUUUGGAUUCAGGAGGCUAUGCUUCUGAGCUUGCCAACAAGCACAUUUUCAGGUUAUGAAACUGAU